CUGCCCACACUGACAUGUGUUGCCUGGAAAUACUUGGGCCUCCCUACCCAUCACUCAGAAGUUGCCUUCUCUGGGGAAGGGCAUAAAGCAGGAAAUUAAGAAUAGCAUCACAGGAAGGCAACACACAUCCCGUAUCAUUAGGUGGGAUGUUUUGCAUUCAAGAGCAGCUUGUCAGAAAAUAGUCCCUGCUUCAAGGGAUGCCUCUGGACAUGGGGCAGCUAAGGCCCACUAUAAAAGCCAGCCCAGCUCUGUGCUCUCUCAUCCACUUCUCUGGCCUUCUUCUUGUUGGGAUCCAGGUGAGUGUUCACCUCCUGCCACCAGACAUGUCCUGCUACGACCAGUGCCGGCCAUGCCAGCCCUGUGGCCCGACCCCGCUGGCCAGCAGCUGCAACGAGCCCUGCGUCAGGCAGUGCCAGAACUCCACCAUUGUCAUCCAGCCCUCUCCCGUGGUGGUGACCCUGCCCGGCCCCAUCCUCAGCUCCUUCCCGCAGAACACGGCUGUGGGAUCCUCCACCUCUGCUGCCGUUGGCAGCAUCCUCAGCUGUGACGGCGUCCCCAUCAACUCUGGGUGCUGUGACCUCUCCUGCAUUACCAGCCGCUACUGUGGCAGCAGGUGCCGCCCCUGCUAAAGAUGCCAGACAGUGCCCCAGACCAGGACCCCGGGAACUCAGAACAUACUGCUGGACAAAAAUGUAUGGAAGAACAAACUUUGUGCUGUUGUUUUAAGAGGACCUGACCAUCUCUGGCUUGUCUUGUAAUGUCAGACAGGAAGGGGCCAGUCUGGCUUCUCUGACAACAUGGCUAAUGUUUACCUUUUUUGUUUCCUACUCAUUCUGUUUCUCUCUUUUCUUUGUUGCCCUCUGCUCCCCUUCAAGCUCUCUGUGAGGCCCCCAGAAACUAGCCUGGAGAGACCUGCUAGCCUGUCCCCAUACAUGGGCCAGGUAGAUGGGGCAACUGUGCCAAAGGAAAAGUUGAACAGAUUUUUGUCUGCUCGUCCUGCGCUGUGUUGUGGGGACUUCAUCUUGGAGUCACCUCAUUUCCCUCCUGAGACUCAAUAAACAUUUGCAGCAACCCUGAGUAUGUUCUAGUCUGAUCUUUCCAUCUGCAGAAAUGGACAGGGGAGAAAGCUAUUUUUCUGGUGGGAUUUAUCUGGGGGCACUACCUCUCUCUUUUGGGCAUUGGAGGGUGGGACGUACUGCAGCAAUUCAUCUUUCAGGCACUGUCUCUUG